ACAUGCACAAACAAAACGAUGGCCACUGGCAGGCUAUUGUUCCAAUUGCCUCUUUACGGGCUUCAUUUACAUAAAGUCAUUUAAGGCUGAUAUCAUCUCGUCAAAACUACUCCCUUUCCGCGUACAGAUACUGUGAAGAAUCUGGUUGGGCUAGGUCAGAGGGAAGGAUGUUCUGACUCCACCUUCACGUAAGACAUCCUUAUAAGCACAGCAAAUGUACAACAGUCUGUAUUCCACCUUACAACCCGAGCUGUGCUGCCCUGCUCCUUCAAACUUCAACUCUUCUGCUCCUGUUCAAGUGCUUCAAACAAGACCUCAUCAUGGUGUCAAUGGGACGACAGAUGCUUGGCUUUGCCCUGGGCAUCUUUGGCGCCCUGGGGACCAUCAUCGUGUGUAUCCUGCCCAUGUGGAAGGUUACAGCCUUCAUUGGAGCCAACAUUGUGACAGCGCAGGUCAUCUGGGAAGGCUUGUGGAUGAACUGUGUGACGCAGAGUACAGGCCAGAUGCAGUGCAAGAUCUAUGAUUCUCUGCUGGCUCUUCCGCAGGACCUUCAGGCUGCCAGAGCUCUUACGGUCAUGGCCAUCAUCGCUUCUGUCUUUGGAAUCCUUUUGGGGAUUAUGGGAGGCAAGUGCACCAACUUUGUAGAGGAUGAAAAUUCCAAAGUCAAGGUGGCCAUUGCGUCAGGAAUCAUCUUCAUUAUUUCCGGUUUACUUGUCCUCAUCCCCGUCUGCUGGUCUGCCAACACCAUUAUCCGGGAUUUCUACAACCCCACCUUAAUCGAAGCCCAGAGGAGAGAGUUGGGGGCUUCACUCUACAUCGGCUGGGGCACAGCUGGGCUUCUCAUCUUGGGUGGUGGCCUCCUCUGCAGCUCCUGCCCAGCCAAAAACAGCCCAGAGUAUCCAGUCAAGUACUCUGUUGCCAAGUCCGAAGCGACCAGCCGGGCCUAUGUCUGAGAAGCCCAUUCUCUCUCCUAAGAAAGACUUCUAAUUAUUUUACUUUUCUUGAGUUACCCUUCUUUGUUGUAAGGUUAUGAUUGCAUCACAAGUUGCUUUUCUUUUAGUGACACAGAGAACUGGUUUUCUGAUGAAUUCACAUUUCUUUGUUGGAGGCAAGAGUGUUUCUUGAGGAACAGGAAAUCAUUUCAAAAGAUGUAGUGUGAAACUACUGUACCGACAAGAAAAUCUUCCAACAGCACGAUGACUGAAUUGAAUGAGAGCUAUUCUAUAUAAAGUGUGUAGCGUGCACCUACAUAAACUUAGACAAUACCUCUAAAAAUGGAAAGGACAAAGAGGACAAUGACUUUUUUGCCAGGAUGGCUUUAGGAACUUAUGUCAUUAGACAGUAAAAUUGCACCAAAAUUAACAUUGUAUUUAUAGAGGAUGGUAUGUAUUCCAAUACAUUGUUGGGAUUUAAAAUGAAUUCACUUAAACAAUCACUGUGACCUUUUGAUUAUCAGAAAUCUUUUAUUAAAUGUUUUCUCUUUUGGAUUGAUUUUGUGCUCUAAAGUAGACAUUUAAGAAGUUUCUGAAGUCUUGAUAUAAGAGAAACAUGUCAACAUGGCUUUGUGCACGAAGAGUUGCAUUGCUUCUCAUACAGAUGCCACUGUCUAUAUAUUUAUUUUCUUAUAAUACAGAGCAGAUUUUAUAAAUAGUGAUGAUUUGUGAUGUUUUUCUGUGAAUGCAACUAUUUUUCAAUAAAAUAUUUGUAGUAUAUUCA